UUCAUUUUCACAAUUUCGCCAUUUCCCUCCACUCAGAAAAAUCUCCUUUUGCUCCCUCUCGCUUUCUCCGGUGCUACGAAUCCGUUCUGAUCGAGAGCAAUGACGACAAUGGAGCAGCGUAGAAACCAAAACACUGUUCAGCAACAAGACGAUGAAGAGACCCAGCACGGCCCUUUCCCCGUCGAACAGCUUCAGGCGGCAGGUAUAGCUUCUGUUGAUGUGAAGAAGCUUAGGGACGCUGGUCUCUGCACUGUUGAAGGUGUUGCAUAUACUCCGAGGAAAGAUCUCUUGCAGAUUAAAGGAAUCAGUGAUGCUAAAGUUGACAAAAUCGUUGAAGCAGCUUCGAAGCUGGUUCCUCUGGGUUUCACUAGUGCUAGCCAGCUCCAUGCCCAGAGACAGGAGAUCAUUCAGAUUACAUCUGGAUCACGGGAGCUCGACAAAGUACUUGAAGGAGGAAUUGAAACCGGAUCCAUCACUGAGUUGUAUGGUGAGUUCCGCUCUGGGAAGACUCAGUUGUGCCAUACACUGUGUGUAACUUGCCAACUUCCCAUGGAUCAAGGAGGUGGAGAGGGAAAGGCGAUGUACAUUGAUGCCGAGGGAACAUUCAGGCCGCAAAGACUAUUACAGAUAGCUGACAGGUUUGGACUUAAUGGAGCUGAUGUUCUUGAAAACGUUGCUUAUGCGAGGGCGUAUAAUACUGACCAUCAGUCAAGGCUUCUGCUUGAAGCAGCAUCUAUGAUGGUUGAAACAAGGUUUGCUCUCAUGAUUGUGGAUAGUGCUACCGCUCUCUACAGGACAGAUUUCUCUGGAAGGGGAGAGCUUUCGGCUCGACAAAUGCAUCUUGCAAAGUUCUUGAGAAGUCUUCAGAAAUUAGCAGAUGAGUUUGGUGUGGCUGUUGUUAUAACGAACCAAGUAGUUGCGCAAGUAGAUGGUUCUGCUCUUUUUGCUGGUCCACAGUUUAAGCCGAUUGGUGGGAAUAUCAUGGCUCAUGCCACCACAACAAGGCUGGCAUUGAGGAAAGGAAGAGCAGAGGAGAGAAUCUGCAAAGUGAUAAGCUCGCCAUGCUUGCCUGAAGCAGAAGCUCGUUUUCAAAUAUCUACAGAAGGUGUAACAGAUUGCAAGGACUGAUUGUUUUGCCCUUGGUUCUCUGCCCUUUUCCAAUCCUCUUCACUUGUAGUAAUGUCAAGAAACCUUUUUUUAUCUUUUGUUUCUCGUCACUGUGGAUCAAGAAGAGAUUGCGUAAGCAUAAAAAGUAGUGACGAGUGAGUAAAAAAUAGAUUUGUAAGUAGGAGUAAUCACGGUAAUGAAAGUUGCUACCUGUUGUUGUACCCAGC